UUCAACUGACUUCACCAAAAAAAAAAUACUGUCUACAAUGCCGUCUUUUGAUGCCGUUUUAAAAGAGGCUGGGGAAUUUGGAAGUUUCCAAAAGAGGGCCUUCCUUCUCCUCUCCCAGACUGGCGUAACGUUUUCAUUUUUAUUUGUUGGAAUUGUAUUUCUUGGGCCGAAGCCAGAGAGCUUUACGUGCAGGCUCCCCUACGCGGCAGAAAUUAGUGACCGUUGUGGAUGGACUCUCGAAGAGGAGUACAAUUUUACCCGUCUCGUUGGAAACCUGGUGAAUAGUACUUAUGGUCAUCAAUGCCAGGCUUAUGACAUAAAAUGGAAUACCACCUCCGUCAGCUGUGCCAGUCCGCUGGCUCAUCUUACCAAUAACAGCUUGGGCAGCGCGCCACUUACUGCAUGCCAGAAUGGCUGGCUAUACGAACAGCCUCAUGCAACUAUUGCCAGUGAGUAUAACCUUGUUUGUUCCAAGGAUUGGCUGGUGGAUGUGACACAAUCUAUUCUCAAUUUGGGGUUCCUAAUAGGAGCAUUCACUCUAGGCUAUACUGCAGACAGAUACGGCAGAAUCUCCACUUAUCUCUUCUCCUGCUUUGGAGCAGGCCUGUGCGGUCUCGUAGUGGCGUUUGCACCAAACUUUACAGUAUUUAUGAUAUUUCGCUUUCUGCAAGGUGUAUUUGGAAAGGGAACCUGGAUGACAAGUUUUGUAAUUGUGACGGAGAUAGUUGGUUCAAAACAGCGAAGGAUUGUUGGGAUUGUAAUUCAGAUGUUCUUCACUCUUGGAGUUGUGAUUCUUCCCGGAAUUGCUUAUUUAAUUCCCACAUGGCAGGGGAUUCAGCUGGCCACAACGCUCCCCAACUUCAUUUUCCUGUUAUAUUACUGGGUAGUACCUGAAUCUCCGCGGUGGCUACUGUCUCGCAAGGAAGGAGAUAAGGCCAUGAAAAUUAUGCACUCCAUUGCCAAACAGAAUGGGAAAUGUCUUUCUCCGCAUUAUUCAGAGAUGAUAGUUGCUGAUGAAGAGGUUAGUAACCCUUCCUUCCUUGACCUGGUCAGAACUCCGCAGAUGAGAAAGUUCACUCUUAUUUUAAUGUAUGCCUGGUUCACAAGCGCAGUGGUUUACCAAGGACUAGUCUUGCGCCUGGGAAUUAUUGAAGGAAACCUUUAUUUGGAGUUCUUUGUCACAGCAAUGAUGGAAUUGCCUGCAGCUCUUUUAAUCAUACUGAUAAUUGACCGGAUUGGCCGGCGCCUCCCCUUUGUGAUCAGCACUCUCGUGGCAGGCGUUUCCUGCUUAAUCACUGCAUUUUUACCAGAAGACAUCUCAUGGUUAAAAACAUCAGUGUCCAUCAUUGCAAGAGUGGCGAUCACCAUGUCUUUUGAACUUGUGUAUCUUGUGAAUUCUGAACUAUAUCCUACCACAUUGAGAAACUUUGGUGUUGCGAUAUGUUCAGGUCUGUGUGAUAUAGGGGGCAUUGUAGCCCCAUUUCUGCUCUAUCGACUAGCGGACAUCUGGGUGGAACUGCCUCUAAUCGUCUACAGUCUGUUUUGUGUUCUUUGUGGGAUUCUCCUCAUGCUUUUACCAGAAACAAAGGGGAUUUCCCUUCCAGAGACAGUGGAAGAUGUAGAGCAAUUACGAAGGGGAAACAACUACUUCAAACUGCUGCUGGAUUGCAUGAAAUUAAAAUGCCCCACAAUUUUGGGAUGGAAUCAGAACCAUUCUACGGAUCUGGUGAAAACGAAGCCUAGCAGAAUGGAUAAAGAGCAGUUCUGGUUUCAAACAUACAGGCAAGAGUAA